GUGCAAAGUCACGUGUACAGCCCCUCCAUCGAACCAGCGGGAAAGGAAGGCAUAAGAAAGUUAGAAAUUCAGAGUGGCACGAGUGUGAAACCGUGGAAGCCCCAACUCCGGACAACAUCAGCAGCGGAAUCUUCUAUCAAGGCUGUCACAAUUGGCUGACUCACUGUUGUGUCCGAGGUAGUCCUUUGGAAGCGGACAUCCCUUAGGCAAGAUCUCGGACAUCUCUUAAUGUGGGCUCCAUCAAGAUGGCUGGGCAUGGACAAGUCCACUGCUGGAGGUGCGUCCUUCUCCAUCCCGCUCACUUUCAUUUGCUUAUCGAGGUUGACUUCUUUAUCUCUCCGCAACAGUGGGCAUGUCACGGGGAAGACACCAAUAACAUUCCCCAACCAUCUGUCCGCCAUGGGUUUUGUUAAUAUUUGUCGACCUACGACGCCCAAAACCAUCCUCACAUCAAUCACGCCAUCCUACCACUGCCCUUUAAUCCUUGCCUUCCUUCGAAGAUCCCCCUCCCCGCUGGCGUCCGACUCAAGCUUCGAGCGGGAUGCUUAGUUGAUUGUUGCGUCAUAUCUUGCUGUUGCCGAGACAGUAUUGCAACUUUGCGGGGUUCUUCUCCUACGCUAGGCGAGACUUUUCUGCAGAGCCUGCCUGGGAGCUCGCGUUGUUGGUCAAGCCUCAGGUCUGGGUACAACCUGCCUGUUCCUGGCAGGAUCAAGAUUUCCGAGCACAUGUUGUAGCAAGAGUAGGAUCUGGAAGUUGAUCAACGCAGCUCCGCCUCACCAUAAGUACCUUCUCAGGACCACAAUCAUGGGCACUCUUUUCCCCUUUGAACCUUUUUCCUCCUCCUCUGCAACUCCCACUCGAUUAUCUGGGAUAUUUGUUAUAAUGUUGUCACUACUCCAUUUGGCUUGUGCCCUGGUCGUGCCAACCCUGCUAGACCAAGCUGGGGCAAGUCCUGUGCCGUAUCUACAUCACCUCAAUCAAGGUCCCGAUUCCCGUGGUGCAGUCGCAAGCGAAAGUGAUGUCUGUAGCCGCAUUGGGAUCGGCCUUUUGCAACAAGGCGGAAAUGCUGCCGAUGCCUUAGUAGGCACCGUCUUCUGUGUCGGAGUCAUUGGCAUGUACCAUAGUGGUAUCGGAGGCGGUGGCUUCAUGAUUGUCCGCGCCGCCAAUGGCACCUACGAAUUCAUCGACUUUAGAGAAACUGCUCCUGCUGCUGCUUUCGAAGACAUGUACAAAAACAACACUCAGGCAAGCAUAUUUGGUGGAUUGGCCAGUGGAGUUCCUGGCGAGGUUCGCGGCUUGCAAUAUCUCCAUGAGAAUUACGGCAGCCUUCCGUGGCAGGAUGUUAUGCAACCCGCGAUCAACACGGCGCGAUAUGGCUGGCCCGUGACCGAAGAUCUCGUUAACUACAUGAAGUCCGCCAACGCAUCGGGCUCUGCUGUGACUCCCAAUUUCCUGGUCGAUGAUCCCAACUGGGCCCUUGACUUUGCACCAAAUGGCACCUUGGUUGGGUUAGGAGACAUCAUUACACGGAAAAGAUACGCCGAUACAUUGGAAGCCAUUGCAACCCAAGGCCCUGAUGCCUUCUAUACCGGUCCCAUCGCGGAGACUACCAUUGCUGCCCUGCAAGCAGAAAACGGCACUAUGACUUUGGAGGACCUGAAGAAUUAUACAGUGGAGAUUCGACAACCAGUCAACAUUACAUAUCGCGGGUACAACGUCUUCAGUGGAGGAGCACCAAGUUCUGGAGCCGUGGCCUUGUCAGUUUUGAAGAUUGUCGAGGGCUAUACAGACUUCUACACCGAAGGUACGGUGAAUCUGAGCACCCAUCGAUUGGACGAGGCCAUCCGAUUUGGCUAUGGAGAGCGCACCAAUCUCGGCGACCCGGCGUUUGCGGGAAAUGUGUCCGACUAUCAGGACGACAUGGUCUCACAAGAAACAGCAGACGACAUUCGAGGCAGGAUCCUGGACACGCAAACGUUGAAUGUCUCGGCGUAUGACCCAUCCGGGAUCGAGUCCCUCGAAACACCAGGCACAUCGCAUGUCGUAACGGCGGACGCAUCAGGACUCGCAAUCUCAUUGACCACGACAGUGAAUCUACUUUUCGGCUCACAACUCCUCGUUCCGGAGACAGGUGUGAUUAUGAACAAUGAAAUGAACGACUUCUCCAUCCCCGGCACGUCGAAUGCCUUUGGUUUCAUUCCCAGCCCGAGCAAUUACAUUCGACCGGGUAAAAGGCCACUGUCAUCCAUAGCGACAACAAUUGUCGAGUUUGCCAACGGAACUCUGUAUUAUGUCAUCGGGGCUGCCGGAGGCUCGAGAAUCAUUACCUCGACGAUUCAGAAUAUUGUCAACGUGCUGGACAAGGGCCUGACUGCACCUGAGGCACUUGCACAACCUCGCCUGCACGACCAGCUGAUUCCCAACCAGGUGGUUUUCGAAUAUUCCUACGACAAUUCGACCGUGGCCUUUAUGGAAUCUCUGGGACACAACGUCACAUGGAUCGCAUCGGCAGCGAGCUCGGCUCAGGGUUUGCGACUGCUUCCUAAUGGCACUUUCGAAGCUGCUGGUGAACCACGACAGAAGAACUCUGGGGGUUACGCUACUUGAUGAAUGAUUACACGACACAACGACUUUGGAGUCAUCGCAACCACCGACUCUCUGACGGAAGUCCUCGAAUGCGCACCAGACAUUAUAACUAAGGUGAUCGACCUCGCAAAUUUGCAACCCACCGUGAGAUAUCCACGACUCCGAGACACCAACAACAAUUCUUCUGAUCUUGAGCACUAAGAUGGUUCAAGGCGAAACAAAUCUGGCAGUGAGGCCGAAUCAGCCCGUUGCAGGAUUCUCGGUUACCUCUGGGGUGCAGUUUGGAGAAUCCGAUGUGAGUCUGAGCCACUUCUACAAGGCCCACAGAUUCUAACCGUGUGUACAGACAGAUGCUUCAAGCUAGGGAACUAAUGGAGGUUUGGAAGGUCUGGGGGGUUUGGCUGUAAAGAGUUUACAGUAUUGCAGGCAUUUAGGGCAUGAGAGAGCGUGUGGUGUAUACAUGUGUGGAUAGAAUAUAAGUACCUACGAGUACGAGUAUGCGUCUGAUAUGUACAUAGUAAUGAACUGAAAUGAGGUGAA